AGCGGAACCGAGUGUCCCUGACGGCGGACGGACGGCGUAGUCUUCCUCACGUAUUGAGUCCUUUACUAGUUCUCAAAAUGUCGGCGCAGGCCCAAAUGCGCGCCAUGCUGGACGAGCUGAUGGGGACGUCUCGGGACGGUUCAAUGUAUCUAUGCCUGCCUACUUCAAUCCGCAAGGGAGUAUCAGAAAGGCCCCGCAUUCGCCGAGCCGUGAUUCAACAAGACAACGGGUCAAGUUUAGUGACGACAGAGUGUGCAAAAGCCAUCUGCUCAAUUGCUGUCCCCAUGAUAUACUCUCUGGAACGAGAAUGGAUCUGGGAGAAUGUCUGAAGGUACAUGACUUGGCGCUGAGAGCAGAUUAUGAGAUUGCCUCUAAACAGCAGGAUUUCUUCUUUGAACUUGAUGCAAUGGACCACUUGCAGUCAUUCAUCUCAGACUGUGACAAACGAACCAACAUCGCAAAGAAACGAUUGGCUGAUACCCAGGAGGAAAUAAGUGCAGAAGUGGCUGCCAAGGCAGAGACAGUACAUGAACUGAAUGAAGAGAUUGGAAAGCUGCUAGCAAAAGCUGAACAGUUAGGAGCAGACGGGAAUGUUGAAGAGUCACAAAAGAUUAUGGAUGAAGUUGAACGGACCAGAAUUGCCAAAAGAGAAGCUGAGGAAAUCUACCGCAGUUCUAUGCCAGCCUCAAGUUUCCAGCAGCAAAAGCUGAGAGUAUGUGAAGUAUGUUCGGCCUAUCUGGGACUCCAUGAUAAUGACAGAAGACUGGCUGACCACUUUGGUGGCAAGUUGCACUUGGGCUUCAUUGAAAUUCGGGAUAAAUUAGAUGAGUUGAAGAAAAUUGUGGCUGGAAAGCAGGAGAAGCGAAAUCAAGAUCGAUUGAAGCGCAGAGAGGAGAGAGAGAGAGAAGAACGUGACAAAUUGAAAAAAAGAUCUAGAUCCAGAGAGAGACGUAGACAUCGUUCUUCCUCUAAGGACCGCAAGGGGAAAACCCGUUCCAGAUCCCGUGAUAAACAUCACCACCAUCGAUCACGUUCUGGCAGUCGCAGCCGUAGUCGCAGUCAUCACCGAAGCCGGGAUAGGAGCAGAGAUCAGAGUUCCAAGUCAAAAUCCUCCCGAGAUAAGGAGGGAACCUCGAGAGACAGAGAUCGCUCUAAAGAACGAAGGCAUAAAAAGCGCAGCCAUGAAACAUCCAAUGGGAAAUCGGAGGAACAGAGUCCAGAAGAAGUCGAAGCUGGAGAGAUCUGAGAGACCACAUUCUGUCAUUGUUCAGCUCGACGCGAUGGCUUAGUUUACUGCUGUCUAUGAAAGGGACAGUAACAAGGACAGUUGGCUAUUUCUGCUAGGAAUAGAUGAGUGCAAAUCUAUAUUUGGUAUACACCAAAAGCAAGUUAUGUGUUUUUUUUUUUUUUUUACUUAUUUUUUUUUUAUGUAGUUAUUCUGUUGUAGACAACUCAAAAAUUGAGAUUUAAAAUCUGCAUUCUAGUUUUUGUCCAUAAAUCAGACUUUUGUUUUUACCAUUUUCUCUUAUUAUUCUGUACAUACUCUCUUAAUUUCUCUUUCAAAUGUCAAUGUUUUUUUGUUUUUUUGCAUAGGGUUGGUUUGAACAAGAUCUUUUAUCCUUAUUUCAUAUUAGAAAAGUAUAUUUGCUCAGUUUUGCCACAUUCAGCUUUUUCAGAAUGUCAUUUGUACACCACAAAGACUAGUUUCAGUAAUUAAGAGCGAGUUUUCUGUAAUGCUCUUAUUUAUUAUCUGUUAUCCGAAAUGCUAGAACAAGUUACUUUUUUUGUUAGCAAUGACUGCACAGUUAACAGUGGACGUUUUAGUGUCGCUUUACCCUCCACCCCGUGUUUUUUUUGUUUUUUUUUGUUGCAGAUAUAAAUAAAUGACAUAUGACACUGUGUGGUCUGUAAAAUCUCAAGCGCACCAACCAGUUACAUGACAGAAAUGACAUUGUUCGUCUUCACAAGAUUAAAAAGGAGACUUGGGUGUUAAGAUACUAGGCUGUACUUAUGCUAGUGUUACAGCUUUAUUGCCCAAUUUGGUGUUGCCCAUACAGGGUGCCUCCAGCUGUUGCAAAACUACAACACCCAGCAUGCCCGGACAGCCUUUGGCUGUCCGGGCAUGCUGGGAGUUGUAGCUUUGCAACAGAUGGAGGCACCCUGGUUGGGCAACACUGGCCUAACUAGUACACAGUGUCUGCCAUGCUGUCCCUCUCCAUGCUAAGUAAUGCUUGCCCCCAGUUUAUCAGAAGAAUAGUAAAACAGAUUGUUUAAACAUUCCUUUGCUGAGUUGAUGUGUUAAAGGGAACCUGUCCUAACUUUCAUGCCGUCUGGACCACAAGUACUUGGGGCAGUUCCUAGUGGCUUCUGCCUAUCCUUCCAGACUUUAUAAAUAGAUAUUACCCUGAGGUAAAGGGAGAGAUCUAUAAAUCUGGUAGGGUGGUGAGAAGUCACACGGAGGGACUAUGCUGCAAGUUGACUGGAAACCAUUAGGCCGGUUUCACACUUACGGAAAAAUUUUGCCCGGAGCGUUUGAAUGCGGCCAGCACCGACUGAAUCAUUCGGAGCUAGGACCACGUGGACAUCGCCAUCCCAAUAGAUGGCAAUGUCUGUGGAGUGGAUUCUGUCUGAAGAAUGGCGGAAUUUCAGGGGAGGAAUAUUCCCCACUAAAAUUCCAUAGUAUGCACUGAGCAGCGGAAUCCCAUUACAAGCAAUGGAAUUACGCUUGGAAAUUUAGUAGUGUGAACCCGACCUUAGACCUGUUCACACCAUUGUUGUACUUUCCAUUUUUCUGAUCGGUGAUUAGAAAACAAAAUUGAUGGAUCAAUCCCAUGAUGGACACAACAGCUUCCAAUAAACACCCUUGACUUUUAAUGUCAUAAUGGUCCAUCAUUGGCUGAGCUGCUAUUUCCCCUUAAAUGUUGAGGUGAAUAUAUCAGCCAGAUUUAUUUUUUUUUUGUUUAAAAUGAAGUCUUCCCUGAGCUGUUUUUAAUGGCAUUGAGAGAGAUGCUUUACGGCAAGCCCCAUGGGAGAUAUGCAACAAUGAACUGGAGCUGCCACAAUGACUUGAAUUGGAAACAUUAGUGGGCGUACUCUAUGACCUAUGCAGAGGUCAUUCCACAAGGAGGGGAGGCUGAGCACCAUUUUGUCAUCUUUAUCUACUGUUGUCACCUGUAAUGCUGUACAGAUCACCUCCAGCAGCCUCUUCCUUAUCACAGACAGAACAGGUCUCGGCUUAGUGCUAGACCUAAUGGUCAGAAUGAAUACAUCGAGUUUUCAGGAUUAUUUCAUAAUGUGGGUAGUAAAAUGGAAAAUUAGAAAAUGCAUUUCCAAAAAUAGGUAAUUGUCGGAUGACAUGUUCCCUUUAAAUUUGUGGCAUAGUUUCAUAAUCUGACAUUAGUGUUAACAUCUUUGUUCUAUUUGUCCCUUUAGAAGCUGAGAAAUGGGAUUGAUUUUUUAAGUGCAAGAAACUGGUCACCAAACCACUUUUCUUCUCAGAAUAGUGUCUGAAUUUUUGUUGGAUCAAUACGAUUAGCAACUGUGCAAUUUUUGUCUGUAUUUACUGCUGAUAAUGUUUAUUAAAAACAUAUCUAUGU